CCGAAAAGCGUGCUUCAGUGCUUUUGUAUUUUUAGAGAAAGAGAGAGAGAUACAGAAAGAGAACUCCAUCUUUCAUGGCGAUAUAGUCUGUUUAGUGCAGAAAUCCUUCUAUUUUGGGCCAUAUUUGUUCGUUGAAAUCGUCUAUACUACUAAAAAUAGUUCAAAUCAGGAGUUGUUAUAAGAACUUUCUCUGUUAUUUUUUGUAUAUAGAAGACGACGACGAAGAAAAAAAGAAUAAGAAAGAGAAAAUGAUGCAGAUGGAUCGGAGACAGUGUUUAGAUGAGUAUGAAAAGCUUCUCGUUCGAAUGAACACUCCAAGGGUAUUAACCGACAAUGCUAGCUGUCUAAACGCAACUCGCGUCAUGAUUGAUAGUGCAAGGAAAGAUGAAAUCUUGCUUGAAGCAGUUCAAGUUCUCACAGAUCUUAACCUUUCUAUUAAAAAAGGUUACGUUUCUUCAGAUGGAAGGUGGAACAUGGAUGUCUUCCAUGUGACUGAUUUGGAUGGAAACAAAUUAACAGACGACAACAUCAUCAAUUGCAUUGAACAGUCUCUUGAAACGAUUCACAACACAAGAUCAAAACCCAUUGAUGGAAUGACUGUACUAGAGUUAACAGGAACAGACAGAGUUGGUCUUCUAUCAGAAGUUUUUGCAGUUUUAUCCGAUCUUAAAUGUGAUGUGGUGGAAUCAAAAGUGUGGACCCACAAUGGAAGAAUCGCAUCUCUCAUUUACCUAAAAGACAUUGAUUCAGGGUACCAAAUUGAGGAUUCAAACAAAAUAGACACAAUUAAGGGUCGAUUAAGGAACGUUCUUAAAGAUAGAGAUUAUGCGAGAAAAUCGGAUUUGAAAAUGGAGAAUUCGCCUUUGGUUUCUGUUCAAAGUUGUUUGGAUAAAGGUUAUUCGGUUUUGAAUAUUCAAUCAAAAGAUCGACCCAAGCUUUUGUUUGAUGUUGUUUGCACUUUGACGGAUAUGAAAUAUGUUGUAUUUCAUGCCACCAUCAACACUACUGAAAAAGGAGCUCAUUUGGAAUUUUUCAUAAAACACAUGGAUGGAACCCCAAUUAGUUCGGAAGCCGAAAAGGAACGCGUAAUUUUAUGCUUGUCAGCCGCCAUCGAAAGAAGAGCAUCUGAGGGUGUAAGGCUUGAGCUACGAAAGGCAGAUAAACCGGGAUUAUUAGCGGAAGUAAUGCGGAUAUUUAGAGAAAACGCGUUAUAUAUAAUUCGAGCGGAAAUAUCAACGACAAUGGGAACUGCUUUAAACAUGUUUUACGUAACAGACGCAAUCGGGAACCGAGUCGACUCAGAAGUAAUUGACUCGGUUCGACAACGGAUCGGGAUGGUUAAUUUAAGAGUAAAAGAACCAUCCCAUCAAAAAAUAGAAAUUCAAGAACAAAAUACUAGUCUUGGUGGGGCAGUUUUGGUGUCUCUUGGGAGUUUAUUAAGAAGAAAUCUUUAUAAUUUCGGGUUGAUUAAAUCAUAUUCUUGAAAUUUUUGAAAGAGUGUGAUUUGUUUGUUUUGAUUAUUAUCUGUACAUAGAAAGGUGUUAAAGUGUGUUGUAGUUACAUGUGAAUAGGAUGAUGUAUUGAUUUCCAUAUAGGUAGCUUAGUUUUUAAAUAGAUGGAUUGCGAGGGUGUUGUAACUUAUAAGGAUAGGUGUUU